UUUAAAGACAAUAAACCAAAACAAAUAGCUUCGUUGUUGUUUUUCUUUUCAAAUAAAUAGAAAUGACUAAAAAAUUAAAAGAAGUCUUAACAUUCUUUGUGAAAAUACACAUUAUAUUUUUUCGUGUGAAGCAUAAAGCAAUGAAACUGCGUCUCAUUAUGGAAAACAUUUGUGGCGAACACAGACUUGCGUGUCAUUGGUUUGGAUGAGUUGUACCAACGCGCAAAUUGAUGCACAACGACAUUAAAUUAAAUAUUAACUUAUUUAUUAUCCAGCCAAUUCAACUGAGAUUAUAAUGUGAUGUGACCCCCAUAGAGAUUCCAGAAACAUGGACGAGGAGACAAUGCAGGCUACGGCCUCUCUCGAUCAGUCGGGAUAUGAGGAAGAAGAUCAUAAUGGUCGGUCAAGUGCGGACAUUUCAGUGGAACGAAAAGAACGUCGCGGUGCAAGCUAUGUAUGGAGCUAUUGCGAGAAAUUAUCUCGUCAAACAAUACGUUGUAAACUUUGCCAAAAAGUUAUGUCUUUUCAUGGUACCGCCAAUGUAAUAACACAUUUGCAAAGACGUCACAAUGUUCUGGGCGAACCAGGUUCACAAUUAAACAUUAAACUUGAAUCCCUGCAUCAGGUGAAUCAUAUUGAUAACAGUAACAGUUAUGACAAUGGAGCCGGAGAUGUCGCAGUAAAGAAAUAUCCGAGAAAAUCUUUAAGUUCUGCCAGUGUUGUAUGGAAAUAUUGCACUCGUAUAAGUUCGGAUCAAGUGCGUUGCAGUUUUUGUAAAAAGAAUUUAUCCUAUCAGGGGACAUCAAAUUUGCAAAGGCAUCUACAUCGCAUGCAUGGUGUUGUAACGCAUGGACGCAUUAAGCCUGCCGACGAAUAUGAAACAGUGCGGGAGGAUCAAUUCAAAAUACCAGCAAAUACUGAUUUUAUUUGGCAAUUUUGUACCCAAAUCAAUGAUGAUCCACCACAAACCAAAUGCAACAUGUGCGAUGGUGUUUUUGAUUCGAAGGACACCGAGACAAUAGUUAAACAUUUGGCCAUGAUUCAUUCAGUGGAAACGAAUCCGGUUCACGAAAAUGACAAUAACAAUAGAAAUGUUGUUAUAAGAACAAGAAAAAGGCCGAGGCACAUGGAAUAUGAAAACAGCGAAGAUGGUAACAUUGAAGAUUACUAUAGUUCAAAAUGGACCAAAGCCGAUGAAGAUGAAGCUCAACAGAUGAGUGCCGAAUUCGAUGAGUCAAAUAUUAAGAAAGACGAAUAUUUAUAUGAUGAACUUAUUGAAGAGGAUCAUAAUAAUUAUGAUGAAGAACCAUUUGACCCAAGCCUGGAGCAAGAUAUGCGCCAAGCAAAUCCACUAUCACCCCAAACAUCAAGUAACAAUUCACCAGAUCAUCAACAAACUGCUUUGACCUUUCAGCAACAAUCGAAUUGCUCUGUACCCAUACCAAAUGUCUUGCCUCCGGUAGAUGUGAAGGUAUUACAAAAACUACAGGAGGAUCGUUUACGUAUGGAAACAGAAUAUUUCCGCGAAAAGGCCGGAUUUUAUCGAAUGCAAAAAUACUUGACUGCUUUGCAGGCGAAAAAAACACGUUUUGAAUUAGAACGCAUGGCUCAUGGCGAAGAAGCUACAGUUGUUACAGCAGCCGAUUUAAAUGGUGCAUAUGCUGUAGAAGUAGCCAUACCUGAACAUCACAUGCAGGCUCAAUAAAUUGGUGUAUAGAAAUAUUUUUUUCUUUCUUUUUCACUUGCGUAAUCUUUAUAUUUUACUUUGAUUUAAAGAAACAGGAAUUUAUAUCCUUCUUAAAUAUUUUAUAAUUAAAAUUCAAAAUAAAAUUUAAAAGCUAUUAUGACUUUGUAUCAUAUUGAAAUUUUUAAUAAAAA